AUGCUUUUCAACUUCACUGCUCGUCGAGAGGCCAUUGAGAAAGAUGGUGUCUAUGUUGGUGGAUAUGGUAUCCGCAGGGCAUUUAAGGCUGUCAAGCAUGAUGGCCUAUACGAUACUAGCGAGGACAGGAUCGAAGCAAUGAAUGCAGUCGAGCAGGACUGGGAUGCAAAAGAGGAACGAGCCCUGGUUCGGAAACUGGACUUCCGUGUCUUGCUCCCUUGCUGCCUGGUAUAUUUCAUGGCAUAUCUCGAUCGAGCCAACCUGGGAAAUGUCAAAGUGCUUCAGGUUGGAACGUCCAGCUCGCUUGUUUCAGCCCUUCAUCUUGAAGGUACCCAAUUCAACUGGGCAGUCUCAAUUUCAUACUUUGCAGUGACUGCGCUGCUUUUGCCGUCUACUAUCAUUCUUAAAAAAUAUUCCGCGAAACGAUACUUUCCGUGUGCCAUGAUUCUCUGUACGGCUCAAUCCCUCUCUUCUUUUGACGACAUCGAUAUUAACCAUGAUUUAGGGGGUACCAUUGUCAUGGCCAUGGCUGGAGUCAAAAGCGGGGCUGGCCUUCUGGCAGCUCGAUUUUGCCUUGGUAUUCCAGAGUCUGGGAUUGUUCCCUGCUGUGUCAUGUACUUCAGCUUCUGGUAUCGACCACGAGAACGAGCGCUUAGGCUCGCGUUUUUCCAUGUCUCAAAUUCAGUUGCAGGGGCCGUCUCUGGGUUUCUGGCAGCGGGACUAGAUCACCUUGAUGGCAAAGGCGGUCUUAUGUCCUGGCAAUGGGUGUUCAUCAUAGAAGGCGCCAUUCCCUUAGUCAUGGCGCCUGUGAUUUAUUUCUUGCUCCUUACUUUCCCCGAAGACUCGACUGCACUCUCUGAGCGAGAGCGGUAUAUUGCAAUCAAUCGCUUCGGUCGGGGUGCAACUCGCUCCACAGAUAUAACCUGGGAUACAGCAGCAUUUAUCCGCAUUAUGACACGGCCGUCUACAUACUGUUUCUUCAUUACUUAUAUCUGCUUAACUACCAUUGCCGUGUCCCAGGCAACGUUUUUGCCCUCUAUUUUCCAUUAUUUCUUGAAAUUCGGGGCUAGCAAGUCGAAUAUUUAUACUGCUGCCCUAAAUCUGGCUAUUAUAGCGCCAUACCUAGUCAUUCCAUGGCAUAGUGACAAGGUCCGGGAGCGCAUCUGGCAUUAUCUCUUUUGCAUGCUUUCCAGUAUCCCCUGCUAUGGGGUCUGGCUUUACUUCUCUUAUCACUCAGAUGACACCUCCAUCGCACCGAUCAGCCUGUACGGAGUUGGCCUCCUUGGCAUGAUGGUGGUGGUUGCCCAACCUAUCAUCUUGAGCUACCGUUCUGCCACUUUAUACGGAGCAGCAGAGCAAUCAGUUGGCACUUCAGCUGCUGUUGCAAGCUUGUCGAUAGCCAGUAUUAUUGCACCUCAGAUGUUCCCCGACGCGGAUGCUCCACUUUUCCACAGCGGCUUCAUUGGUUGUGUGAUCCUGCAAGUCAUUUGUGUUAUCUCCUGUCUUUGCAUUCCGACUCUUCUCCUUCUGGAGGCCGAGCACCGCAAAAAGAAAACAGGACAUGCGAUGCCACUGCGUGCUAUCUUGGAUGCGGAGAAUUCGCAAGUCUCAGAGGCGACGUUGGCUCGGUUGCAUGCUAUCCAGGCACAGGAAGCUAAAGAACUCGAGGAUAUGAAGCUUGGAGCUUCUGGAAAUGUGCAGUAUGUGGAGGAUGUUGAGAGUCGUUAA